UGCAUAAUUUUCUCCCUCAAACAAUCCACAACAGCAACAACUAAGAGCAACAACAGUUUCAUCAGGUUCAUAGUUUUGAUAACAGAAAAAAUGGCGUACCCUUCUUCUCAAAAUUCCGAACCCGCUCUCCCUCUGCACCUGUGUUUCUUCUUGCUCACCUUGUUCAUGUUCCUCGGUUUCUCAUGGUACUCAAGCUACGAGCCAAUAAUGGAGAGCUUCAUGGAGCAACUGAAGCUGGUGCUGAUGGUUUCCCCUCUUCUGCUUCUGCUAGUUCUGCACUUCGUUUCCAACUACGGAGGAGGUGGAGGGGUCUUGUCUUCACUCAUUCCGUUGCCGGAGAGAGAGUCGCUGCACAGAGCAGGUGGAACUCCUUGGGGUGUUGGCUUCGUUCUUGUUCUUCUUCUCUUCAUGGUUUCUUACCAGUCUUCUUUCCAAGAACGCUGGUUUCCUCUCCUCACCAGGUGAAAACACUGAGCCUUUUUGCUGCAUCAUGGAUCUUUCUCUGUAAUUACUGUAAUUUAGUUUCUUCUCGGUGGUUUUCAUGAAACCAGAGAUUUCACCUUUUUGUGUAUUCAUUUUCUGUUUCUGUUUAAGUGUUGAAGUUGUAUCAGUUUCAGUUUUUAGAAAUGGAUACCUUCUGUAUAAUUAGUCACUGAUUUGAGUACCUUCUGAAUUUAUUCACAUUAUAUACUAAGGAAUUGUAGUAGUUUGUGGCCCAGAGAAUUCAUCGUACUGUUUGAAUGAGUUUCAUGGUCUCCGAUAAAGGAAAAAAAGAAGGAAAGAAAGGAAGGGAAAGUGGUUUAGAAGAAAGUAAAACAGAUGUGUGAGCCCUACAUGAUUAGGUAUUAUGAGUUAUUUAAUUAUAAGGUCACAGUGUUGUGAUAUG